AUCAUCAAAUCAGACCCAAAUAGGUAAUCGUAUGAAACAAUUCACGUUUUAACUGUAACUGUAUUUUGUGAGAGUUGACACUCCACUCACUCAGCUACCUACCCACGCCGCCAAUGGGGUCAACGGAAACAUCCACUACAUCAUCCCCAUCUUUCCUGAAGCCCCUAAUAACCAUAGAUGCCUCGGUUUCACUCUUCCUCCACACACUCUUUAAGCCUAUCCUCCCAAUUUUCCUUCUCCUCCUCCUCGAAUACUCCUCCGAUUUCCAGUUUUUCUUCCCUGUUUCCCUCUCUUUGUUCCUCACUUCCCCUUCCUUUUCCUCUCUAUCCAUCCCUUUCAUCCUUGGUCACCUCAUCGACCUCUCUUUGAUCGGCCUCAUCAAACUAACCUUCCGCCGUACCCGACAUCAUUACAAGCCAAACAUGUCCGCUGUUCACGCUGAUAACUUCUCUUUCCCCAGUGGCCACGCUUCAAGGGUUAUGUUUUCAGCUACUCUCUUCCACCUUAUUUAUCAAAACCACGAGGGACUCAUUUCAGAUUUUAUUCUACGGUGGGUUAAAUUUGAACCCGGUUUGUUUCUAUUUAGCGUAGGGGUUUGGGCUAUACUAACUGUUAUUUCAAGGGUUUUACUUGAAAGGCAUUUCCUUUCCGACAUUUUGGCUGGGGCGUUUGUUAGGGUGCUUGAAGGGAUUGCUGCGUGCCGAUUUUUGAGAUUUUAGAGAGCAUUCUCAAAGCUAAUGUCGUGCAAUAGUCAUUGUCCGAGAAAUGAAAGGAGCAGGUGGACAAGGAUUGACUCGAGAGAAAUUUCGGUUAGUAGGAAGCCAGUGCUCGGUCCAGCAUCCAGAGUAAUCCCGACCUCAGAGAAAUUUUGGUGAUGUACUUUUGUUUUGAUAAUGUGGCAUGUACCUAAGUGAUAUAUAGGUUAAGUAUAAGAGUUUUGUGAUUGUGGUUUUAGAACGAUGUUUUAAAUUGAUUAUAAGUAUGAAAUGGAACUAAUAUGACAUAUUUGAUUAAA